AUGAAUCCAAACCCGAAUCCGAAUCUGAGUCCGACUUCCAUGGGUUUUCCCAACGUUGAAGCUAUCCCAGGCAACACAGGCGGUCUGGUCGAUCGGCCUCAUAAUAAAGUGGCGAUACCCCGUCCUACUAACCCCAUUACCUGGACUAGCAGUGGCCGCGUCAGUCGGGCUUGUGAGAAUUGUCGAGAUCAAAAGGCCAAGUGUAGUGGCCAUCGUCCGGCCUGUCAUCGGUGUAAGGAUGCGGGCAUUCGUUGUUCCUACGGCGAUCGAAAGAGAGAAAAGAUGCUCAAGGAUCUUAGUGAUCUCACGAUCGAGGUUCAAGCCAUGAGGAAAGUGCUACGUGAGCUGUAUCCGAGAUUGGAUGAUUCGUUGGCUCAAUACGUUGAUCAGGCUCUCGGCAGUGAAUUAGUCAGGCCUACGACCUCCUCAAUCUCCCGUUUAGUCACCAAUGAUGAUCCGAAUCAUGGGGCUGUCGACCACACCGAAGAAGAUUUCAACCGCGAUGAGAAAGUCCAAGCAUUGGGGUUUGUGGGCGAUCAUUCAGAGAUGGUAUGGCUAUACAGACUUAAACGUUUUCUUGACCAGGAUAGCUUGACUUUACUCGGAGAAACAGCCAAUCGUUCCAUCUCGUCCCUGAAUUACUUCCAGGACGAUACCGAGUUCCCGAGCUUGGAAAACGUUGACAUACUAGGGCGACCCUCUCAACAACUUGCUAAGAAAUUAGUCGACGAUUUCCUCGAAGCCGUACACCCUGUCUUCCCAAUCAUUCGGAAAUCCUUCUUCCAGGCACAAUGUCGGUCGUUUUACUCCAACGAGAAUGUUCGCCCAAGGAGCCGGUGGUUGGCAAUCCUGAAUCUCGUCUUUGCCAUCGCCGCAAAGCAUUCCUUUUUAGUUGAUGCACAACCUUUAGUAGCCAGGGACGACCAUCUGGUAUAUUUUGCACGAGCGUGGCGGCUAGGUUUCAGUAAUGCUGCCUUACUAGGCCAUCCUAAUCUACAGCAGGUGCAGGUCGAGGGUCUGUUAGCCUUCUAUCUCCUUUCCACGGGUCAAAUUAAUCGGUCCUGGCGAAUUACCGGCGUUGCGAUCCGAUCAGCAGUGGCCAUGGGCCUGAACCUUCGUAGCGAAAGCGAAAGUGUCUCUCAUGUAUCCAAGGAAACGCGAUAUAGAGUGUGGUGGGCGCUUUUCAUGCUGGAUACUCUGCUAUGUGUCAUGACUGGUCGCCCUCCUAGCACCGGUGACACCUUCUGCACCACCCCUUUUCCAAUUCCCUACAAAGAAGAAGACUUCGAGCAUGAAGAUGUCGCCCAACUUAUCACCGAUAAUUCCCACCGAACCUCUUUUUUGAAAUCCUUGCUUUCUAAUGAGAAUCCAACCGAUACAGCCACUACAUCUGGCUCCAGUGAUGCCUUCUCCCUAGCUUCUUUAUCAGUCCCAGGAUCACGGAAAGGAAGCUACAGCCAACAAGGACAAUCCAUGACCGAGAGCCUAGCUCCUAAUAUCUCUUUAUACUUUCUUUAUAUGGUGGACUUGUCAUCGCUACUACGAGAUGUUAUCGAGACUUUAUACGCUCCUAGGGCCAUGAUACAAUCCUGGGCGGAGAUAGAAACAGCGAUUUCCAACUUCAUCAAGAUUACAGACAGCUGGCUCUCCCGACUCCCCGCAGAGUUUGACUUCACAAAGCUAGACACAGACAUACAUGAUCAGCAAUUUGCCCGCCAACGAACCAGCCUUGCCCUCCGCUUCUACAGCACCAGGCUCGUCAUCACACAACCAUGUCUCCGCCGCCUGGCAUACCCAUCGGUAGGCGUCGUAUCCUCAGAGGCAGGUCCAUUAUGCGAUGCGAUGGCCACUCUCUGCGUCGAAACAGCCUACAAAACACUCGAUCAGCUGCCGAACGAGCCAGAUGCAACGCUUCUAUAUAGCCAUUCGCCCUGGUGGUGCAUGCUACACUACGUAAUGCAGCCCACAACCGUGCUCCUGAUGGAAUACUUCACUCGCGCCCAGUCAGGAACACCCGAGGCCGCGUCUAUCUCAGCAGAGAUUCAAAAGGCCAUCCGCUGGCUCCGCGUCAUGUCCGCCUACGACGUUUCCUCCCAGCGAGCUCUACAAGUUUGUAUGGAUAUCCUCUCACGACACAAAUUGGGCUUCUUUGACACAUAG